AUGCUGCUCAGGGACCUGCUGCCCGCAAGAAUAAAGGACAAGGAACGACUUCUUCAGAUCGUUUCGGUGGCUACACAGGUGGCCAUAUCUCGGCGAGUGCAGAGGUACAAGCUCGCAUUGCGCGGGCGUCAAGACGCCGAAAACAGGCGAACAAGAUCGACCUCGGACCAGUCAACGCCAAUGAUAUGGGGAUGGAGUGUAGACGCAUCGUAGAACGCGUUUUCGUUUGAAGUUGACGUCUUGUUUGAGAGUAGAUGUGACAGAUUUGCGUAGAAUAGGGUAAGAUGUUAUCAUGAACGGAGAUGAAAGGGCUUUUCCAACACGGAGAUGUAGCAUGGAUCAAAGCAUUUGUUGGAUUUCAGCUUUUACAAGCGGACAUCAACGCAGUAGUACUUUAGCAAGCUUACGAACGCAUAUAGGAUACCAUCAGGAUU